UUCUACAACCUCCGUCGAUUCCGUCCGCCUUCGCCCAGUAGCGUUUCUUUUGGCCAGCUCGCGUCAAAACCACUUUUUUUUUCCUUGUGCAGUGAAGUGGACUGUGUUCUGUUCGCGUAAGGUUGCAGUGGCAGGCAGAGAUAUACUUUGCCAUAUCGAUUCGGCUCACUCCUCCUCAGUUGAGACAGGCCAUUCGUCUUGUACGGUUUGCGUUCCGCGUAGUCGCCGUGUCGUGUCGUGAUUGGAUGCUUAAAUCGUAGGUUCGUUCCUCCGGGUACAAGUGGCUAUUGCCAUUCUUAUAGGCCCUCCCUUCCCUGGAAGUGCAGUGAUUAGUUACACGCCUCAGCUACUCCCCAAACCGUGUACGCGUGGAAGAACAGUGUCAGAUUGGCAAACUGGCUUCAUCCAUCCAAAGUUCAACUCGUUCAGGUUGACUGCGAACUGAUAUUGAUAUAGAAGCGAAUAUUGUGGCUAAUCGAUUCCCCCACGGAGAGCGUAAAAUCGGUUUUUACGGGCGUAUUGUACCUGCAAGUGCUGUGUCACUUCCUCUUGGUUUGGUUUUUGGUGAUAUGGUGUAGUGCAAAGCAGGAAGUCAAGUGCUCCAGAAGCGAAUUGAAUUCAAUUUCACCUUAUUGCCUUCGCUUUCCUCCUACAAAAGAAUCAAGUGUGAAGCAAGGUGAAAAGUAAUCCCAGAGAAGUUACACUGCAACGUGUACCUAAAGGUGUAUCGAGUGAAUCGUUCUGAACCAGGAAUCGGGAGUAAAUUAUAGUAUAGGAACACGUUUUACAAAGCAGGAUAGUGGAGCUGCUCCCUUGCUGACGACAGGCAAUGGCUCCAAGUUUGAGUAAGAUAGCGGGAGGAAAUCGGAACCUGGCGAUAGCGAUCGCAGGCUGUACCGCUGCCACCUGGAUUAUCUUGUAUGGCAAGCAGGUGCAUAAGGCACGAAAACAACGACCCGAAGAUGAGAUUCAGUACUUCAUCAGUGACAAGAAGGAAAAGCGCACAACGAAAGCACACGUGAAUUCACUGUUUUUCAAACAACUGCGCGCAUUGCUAAGAAUUAUCAUUCCGAAGAAAUGGAGUGCCGAGAAUGGUCUGCUGCUGGUGAUAGCUGCCUCGCUGAUCGCCCGCUCAAUCAGCGACAUCUGGAUGAUCCAGAACGCCACGGCCAUCGAGAGCACCAUCAUAACGAUGAACAAAAGUCAAUUCCACACGGCGUUAGUCAAGUAUCUCGCGGCGCUUCCCGCUAUUGCGGUUGUUAAUAACGUACUAAAAUGGAGUAUUGGUGAACUGAAGCUUAGGUUUAGAACCAAUAUGUCACAAUAUUUAUACUCGGAGUACCUGAAGGGAUUCACCUACUACAAAAUGUCCAACCUAGACAAUCGGAUAGCCAAUGCCGACCAACUGUUGACGACCGACAUAGACAAGUUUUGCGAAAGCGUGACCGAUCUCUAUUCCAACAUUUGCAAACCGUUGUUGGACAUUGUGAUAUACGUGUACCGGUUGACGACCAAUCUGGGCGGUACGACUCCGGGCAUUUUGCUGCUGUAUCUGUUCUUCUCUGGUGUGUUCUUGACCAACUUGAGAAAACCGACCGGUCGACUUACGGUAAUGGAGCAGAAGCUAGAGGGAGAGUUCCGGUACGUCAACAGCAGGCUGAUUACAAACUCGGAAGAAAUUGCCUUCUACCGGGGAAACAACCGCGAAAAGCUAACCAUUUUGGCUAGCUUCAACAAGCUGGUGGGCCACAUGCGCAAAUUCCUCGAGUUCCGCGUCGGAAUGGGCAUCGUUGACAACAUGGUUGCAAAGUAUAUUGCCACUGUGGUUGGAUUCUACGCCGUGUCGUUGCCGUUCUUCGAGAAGAACCAUCCACUGUUGACGGGUGACCAAGCUGGCGAGCGUUUAAGUAGAUACUACACUUUCGGACGGAUGCUGGUCAAACUGGCGGAAGCCAUCGGACGCCUGGUGUUGGCUGGUCGCGAAAUGUCCCGCCUGGCUGGCUUCACCGCACGGAUGACCGAGCUGACGGUGGUGCUGAAGGACUUGAACUCCGGACGGUACGAGCGAACGAUGGUCAGCAAUUCGGGUGUGGCCGAUGCCGAAAUUGGUCCCGGCAAGGGUCUGAUGAAGUUCCAGGACAACAUCAUCCGCUUCGAGCACGUACCGCUGGUCACUCCGAACGGUGACGUACUGGUAAAGGAUUUGAACUUCGAGGUCAAGUCCGGCAUGAAUGUGUUGGUGUGUGGACCGAACGGCUGUGGCAAGAGCAGUUUGUUCCGCAUUCUUGGGGAGCUGUGGCCCACUUGGGGCGGGAAGGUGACCAAACCUCCAGCCGGCAAGUUGUUCUACAUUCCACAGAGGCCGUACAUGACGCUGGGAACGUUGAGGGAUCAGAUCAUCUACCCACACACGCACCAGGAAAUGAAGCGACGAGGUCGGACGGAUGCCGAUCUGCAGGAAUAUCUGGAGCUGGUCCAGCUGUCGUACCUACAGGUUCGCGAAAAAGGUCUUGACGCAAUCGAGGACUGGAUCGAUGUCUUGUCCGGCGGAGAGAAGCAACGUAUCGCCAUGGCCCGUCUGUUCUACCACAGCCCGCAGUUUGCCAUCCUCGACGAAUGCACAUCGGCCGUUUCGGUGGACGUCGAGGGCAGCAUGUACGAGUAUUGCCGCAAGGUUGGCAUUACGCUGUUCACCGUAUCCCACCGGAAGUCGCUGUGGAAACAUCACGAUUACUAUCUGCAGUUCGAUGGACAUGGAGCGUACGAUUAUGCACCCAUCGAUGGCAGUGAGCAGCAGUUUGGCUCGUAGAAGCGGAUGAGAUUGGCUUAGGAUAGACUACCAAGCACAAACACUUUAGUGUUUCCAGAAGCAAGUGUUCGUUAUGAACGAAUAUCUAGGUGAUAAGUGGUUCCAGGAUGAGGUGCAGGAAACCCGCAUAGGUGUACGUAUUGAAAUACAAUGAAGGAAAUCCAAACUUAGGCUAUUACUAGUAGGCAUUCUUUCUGAUUUAAACAAAUGCAGGAUGACUUUUUUGCUUAAAAUACUUGUUUAUUAGCAAUCAUACUUUUUGUUGUUUUAUAAUUACUGACUAUUGUGUUGAAUAACAAAUAAGUUGCCUUAGUA